ACAAAUGUGUUGCAUGAUAUAAACCCCCAGAAGCAAAUUAUGUCUCGCUGCUGCAAAACCCUCGCUUCCGUCUGCCCUUCCGCGGCCCAAGUUCUCCCAAUACCGGCAAUACAGGCUAGCUGAUUCUAGCCGGGAAGGCAACAACGGGAUCGCAGCUUACAAAGACUAGCGAAACUCCCCUCUUUCUCCUACGCGAAACCCAGGUGAGUUCGCGCGAGCCUUCCUUUCUUCGCGUUCCCGGAUUUACUAAAUCCGUCGAACUGCAGGAUCAAAACCUUCUCUUUCACGCCAUUCGGUGUCGAAGUUGGUUUCGAAGCUCGCGGGGUAAGACUUCGAGGAGUCCGGUGGCUUGUAAGGGGGAAGGCUUGUAAGGGAGAAGAAGGGUUUGCAAGGCAGAGUUUUGUUGAAUUUAAGUUAAAUUUGGCUUACUUUCCUCGCCCGUUGCUCCUAAAGUCCUCGCCUUUCCAUCACUGCCUUGCCUCCAUGUCACCGCCGGCUACUGCCGAUCAAAGUACGAAAUCGAAAAUGGAUAAGAAGAACUUGAAUAAGCGAAAGAAGCAGGACGAAAGAUCCAACUCAUCGUUUCUUAUGGCCAAGAACGGGAUAAAAAAAGGGGAGGAGAAGAAGAAGAAGAAGGCGAGGUUUCAGAAGGAGAAUAAUGAAGCGGCGAAGGCGGAGGUGGACUUAGAUCAUUCUAUGUCUAGGGUUAAUCGGAAUAAGGAGAAGAAACAUAAGAGGGAAAAGAACGACGGUGAAGAGGAGACAGGGAAGAAACAGAGAAAGGACAUUCUUAUCACGGAUGUUCGAUUCGCGUCUGCGCAGUUGGAUCCGCGAUUCCGACGGAUGCCGAAGCGAGAGGCGAAGGUCCCAAUCGAUUCACGGUUCGCACGCAUGCUCUCUGAUCGGAGCUUUUCGUCGUCUGCGGCGCUAGUGGACAAGAGGGGGAAGCCGAGGAAGGGAAAGGAGGUGAAUCCUUUAUUGCAUUAUUAUCUCCAUGAGAAAGAGCCUGAGGAGGAUGCAGAUGUGGAAAGCGAGCAGGCUGAGGAAGAAACUGGAGAGGAAGUUUCUACUUCUUCGGACGGGGGUACUGAUACUGGUAGUUCUACCACGGACGAUGAAAAUGAUGAGGAUGACGACCAUUCUGUGAAUAGUGACAUUUGUCGGUAUCUGAUGGCCAACCAUGAAGAUACACCAACAGUUGAUCAAGAAACUUACAGGCUUGCCAUUGUUAACAUGGAUUGGGAUCACAUUAAGGCGGUUGAUCUAUAUGUUGUAAUGAGUUCAUGUCUUCCAAAAAGUGGCCAAAUUUUAUCAGUAACCAUAUAUCCAUCAGAGUUUGGGCUCAAGUGUAUGGAAAUUGAAGCAGUCCGUGGGCCAACAAGUCUUAUUUGUGAUGAUGAAGAGCCAAGUGAGGAUGAACCAGAUCCUGAAAUUCUUAAUGAAAAGCUACGUGUUUAUGAAAUGAACAAACUAAGGUAUUAUUAUGCUGUCGCCGUAUUUGAUUCAAGUGCUACUGCAAAUCAUGUUUACAACACUCUUGAUGGCACUGAGCUUACUAGAACGUCAAACGUAUUUGAUUUGAGAUUCAUUCCUGAUUCUAUGGAAUUCAAACAUCCUCCUCGUGAUGUCACAACGGAGGCACCAACAAGUUACAAGGAACCAGACUUUCAAACUCGAGCACUGCAGCACUGCAAAGUCAACUUAACCUGGGAAGAUGAUGAACCCCAACGAGUUAAAACAUUGAGGAGAAAAUUCAAUGCUGAAAAGCUUGAUGACUUGAAUGAAUACUUAGCAUCAACUGAUGACAGUGAUGAUGAUCAUGGAAAUAUAGAAAAGCUGCGAGCUCUCCUUGAUUCCAACAACAACUCUGAUUCUGAUGAGAGCAAAGAUGACAGAGACAUGGAGAUCACUUUCAAUACAGGCCUAGAGGAUCUAAGCAAGCGAAUUCUCGAGAAAAGGGAUACGAAAAUAGAGACGGCAUGGGAGCGAGUUCUAAGAAGGCGAAGCGAAAAGAGAAAGGCGAGUCAAAACAGGCUCAAAUAUUCUUCCGACGAUGACUCUAGCGAUUACGAUGUAAAAGAAGCGCCCAAGCUGCCGGAUGAUUUCUUCGUCGAAGAUUCUUUGGAUGUUGAUAGUAAGACGAGCAACACAAAAAAUAAGAGAUCUAAGGAUCGGACGAAACAUAAAGAAGGAAUAGAACAUCCUCAAGAAAUUGAAAAAGAGCAAGAAGCAAGUAGAGCGGAAUUGGAACUAUUAUUUGCUGAAGAUCAGGAGAUAGACAAAGGUCCCAAGGGUUAUAACAUGAAAUCCAAAAAGAUCAAGGGGAAGAAAAGGAAAGAGGCUGCAGCAGAGGAAAAAUUACCUAAUGUGGAUUGUUCGAAUGAUCCUCGGUUUGCAGCUCUCUACUCCAAUCAUCUCUAUGCCUUGGAUCCUACUGAUCCACAAUAUAAGAGGAGUGUGGCAUUUGCUAGGAAACAGAUUGAGAAACAGAUUGGUUCGAAAGAGGAAGAUUUGGAUGAUGAGGUUUUUGGGAAACAUACUUUAUCUGGCUCAAAUGACAUUGAUGUUGUGAAGAAACCUGGAGCCGGUUUGGAGAAUGAAAAGCAUGAGCUUUCUUCCAUUGUUAGAUCUCUGAAGAGAAAUCUUGGAAAUAUGAAGAAGUAAAUUUAUAUGGUAGGUGCAGAAAACUUUCUUUAUUAUAAAUUAAUUUGGCAUGCUUUUUUAUUUUUUUUGCAACUUUAUAUUUCUAUUCUAUUUUUUUACCCACGCAGUGGGAUUGAGGCUUUAUUGUUGUUUGUAUAUUUCUAUUCUAUUUUCAAAUUUUAUCGUUCGCUAGUUCUUUUAAGUUGUGAAAAUGAUAGAUUUUAAUUU